AUGGACAUCUCACCAUCGGUGGAGACGUUCAUGACAGGUGCUUCACUACAAGAUGAAUCUGAAUUUAUUGAAUUGGAAUAUGCAGAAAGUUAUGUACAUACACCGUUGUUGGUGGCAGGAAUCGGCAGAAGUCCUUACCCUAUCAUUGGGAACCGAACAAGUGUUGUUGGCAACGGUGUUGGUGUGGUGUUGGUGACGGAUGAUGGCGAUGGAGGGCUAAGCUAUUCUAAAAAUUCUUCUUUCCAGAAUGAAGUGUGGUCAAGGAACCAACAUAUAUUAGGGGGUGCAAUUCAAUCUCUCAUCUCAAAGGGUGAAAUCGUAUCAAAAGGCCUGCAUGAUCUGGGCUGUGGAGUGGGCCCGGUUCCACUCGCUUUAACAUCUUUGGUGAUAGAAAUCAUGCAGAAGAAGUGUAAGAAAUUGAAGCGUGGUAAUGAUCAAGAUAAUCAACAAGUGCCUACGAUGCACAUAUACAUGAAUGAUCUUCCUUCAUAUGACUUCAACUUGUUAUUCAGAGACUUGUUGAAUUUGGAGGUACUUAAAAGAAAAGAUGAUGAUGUGCCUUUGUGUUUCUUGAUGGGUUCCCCUGGCUCCUAUUAUGAUAGACUUUUUCCUCAAAAUACUUUGCAUUUUGUUCAUUCAAGUUACGCCCUCCACUGGUUAUCUCAGGUACCACUGGGCCUCUUCACUGAGCAAGGUGUUCCAAUAAACAAGAAAGCUGUUUAUAUAUCCGAAAUAAGUCCUGAAAGUGUUCCGAAAGCUUACUUGGCUCAGUUUGAUCACGACUUUUCUCGAUUUCUUAAAUGUCGUUCAAGAGAAGUUGUACCCAAAGGUCUUAUGCUAUUAACUUUAACAGGUCGACCAUCUUCCACGAAUUCAUUGACUUGGCAACCAUUCGAGUCUGAAAUCCUCACCAGGGCCCUUACUUGUCUUGUUCAUGAGGUUUAGUACACUCUGUUUCUCACCAACAACAUUUGUUUGAUCAUAAUAUAGUAAUUGUUAUUGUGGAGUCAA